AUGAGCUUAUUUUACCUUCGGAUAUCACAAUUAUCGAGAAAAAACAUGGACGAUAUUGAAAGUUUAUGCAAUAAUUUUAAUAAUAAAAUUGAUAUUAAUGCAAAUAUAUCAACAGCAGUUGGACUUGAUGGUUUAAAAAUUCGUCGCCCUUUAAAUGUUAGUACAUUGUCACAUUAUUUUGGUCUUGAAUGUGAUGAAUAUUUGAGAUUAUCAUUGAAAUGUGAAGAAAAUGGUGAUCGACAGAAACACCGAACACCUGAUUUUAUUCAGUCACAAACAAUUCAACGUGGUAUAACUUUUGAAUCAAAUAUCAAGUCAUAUUUCGAUCAACAACAAACAAUCCUAUCACAUAUUCAUGACGAGAAUGAAUUUUCAGCAUGGUUGAACACUUAUUUAGCAACAACGUCAAUAUCGUCAAAUAAUAAAUGUCAUAUCGGUUACAAUAUUAAAUUUAAAUGGCAAUAUGAUCUUAGUCUAGGUAAUUAUAAACCGGAUUUUUUGCUAAUUAAAUCUACGAGUAGUGAUAAUUGUGAUGCUAAAUAUGAGAUAACAGUGUGCGAUGCUAAAGCAUCAUCACAAUUACGUGUUGAACAUUGUGUUCAAGUAGCUUUGUAUGCAAUUGAUUUGCGUCAUUGGUUAAUUCGAAAUAAUUUUGAUAAAAAUCUUAUUCAAAUUUCAAAAUAUGGUGAAAUAUGGCUCCCUUCCACAGAAAUUAGUAAUGAAAAUUCAUUACCUUUUGAACGAAAAAUAUUUCCAUUAGAAAAAUUAGAAAUACGUUUAGAAUUUUUUUUACACAAUGAAUUAAAAAAAGUAUUAACGGGUAACGAAUGGAUGAUGUUACCUCGAUGUCAACAAUGUGAAUUUGCUGCACAGUGUCGACAACGUGCAAUUUAUUCUGAGCCAAAUCAUGUAAAUAAUUUGUCUUAUCUCACGUCGACCAUUCAUCAUUUAAUUCAAAAUUAUUUUAAAUCGUUGUAUGUCAAUGAUAUUGAACAAAAUUUAAAUUUAAUAAAUAUAAAUAGUACAAAUGAUAAUGAAGAUCAAAAUGGAGAUACACUAUUCGAAGAAAAAAUAAAAUUAUAUCGGACAUUGGCCGUAGAAGAAGAAACACAAGGACUUAGAAGUACGGCAAUUAAAGCUGUCACCACCCAUGUACCACAAUUAAAACAAGUUUACUCAUUGUUACUACCACAAGUGACACAAGAUUUAAAGUUAAUGGUUUUGUCAAUCAUUCAAAAUCCGGUAAAAAUUGGUUCAGUCGCCAUUCUUGGUUAUAAUAUUUACGACGUGUCAACAUCUUCUUGGCACCAUCUGGAUCCAAUUAUUAAAAUUAAUCCAUCAUCUACUGAAAUAGUGUCGACAAUUGUGUUAGGAUUAAAUCGUUUACGUCAGCUAAAUUCACCAUGUCAAAUUGUCUGUUUUGAUGAAUCUGAACGUCAACUAUUGUUCAAUCAUUUAACAUUAGCCUCGGAUCAUCCUCAUAUCGAUGAUUGUCUAGUUUUACUUAAUUAUACAGAAUCGGCUGUACAACUCUCCUAUCCACCUGAUAUGACAGAAAAUGUAUUUCAAAAUACACAAAUAUCAACAAUGAAAAAGAACGAGAUUGAAGAAAAAUUAGAGCAAAAAUUUAAUAUUAAAUCAUCAUCAAAAACAACAAAAGUAGAAUUAGCUCAACAAUUACGAACAGAAACAACAAAAAUUCAAGACGAAUCUCGAGCAAAUCUCGUUGGUUUAGCAUGUUUUAUUUGUUUACAUACGGCUAUAAAACAAUCGUACAUUAUACCGAUGCCUGGCUAUUUCGAUCUAGAUGAUCUAAAAUAUUUAUUUACAAUUUCUCUACCAUCACAAAGAAAAUCAGAAAUAUUAAAAAAAGUCAUGGAAUACAAAAUGUGUGAUAACAAUGAAUUAUCUAAUGUUUCAAAUUCAAUACAGGAAUAUUUAAAUGUCUUAGCUCGUUUAUUUACAAUUGUCCAACAAGAAUUAUCUCAAGCAUCUUCUUUACAAUUACAAGCAAAAUGUUUACCAACGAUACAACCAAUUAUAGCUCAACAUUCUCAUAUUCGACGUCUGUUAUUUUUGAGACAAUAUGAAAUGUUAUUUGGUCUAAGACAAAUUCAAUAUGAUCGUUAUGGUUCAACUGAACAUGCAAUUCUAAUUAAAAUUCAACAAAUUAUAAAAGUUCCAUUAACAUCAAAUCCAGAGCGAUAUAAUCUCUUUUAUGAAUGCUUUGUGGAAAGAGGAUUAGAAUUUUUAGCUAAAAAUAUGAUGCAACAGCCACUGGAUGUCAUUGCUGAAUUAGGUGGAGGCGACGGAUCGGUAGGUGUAAAUUCGAAUGAAUUUCGAAUGUAUCAAUAUUUGAUAUCUGACGAUGAUUCAAACAUUCAGUCCUUUCCUGAUGCCAUUUACAUGGAUCAAGCAAUUGAUAGUAUUAGAAAUUUAAAGUUAGACAAAUAUGCACUUGCAAAUGUUGAAAAACUAUCAUCAACAUCAUCAAAUGAUCCAAAUGUUAUUCUAUUAAAAGUGAAAGGUCUUAAUGCUAACAGUAGUUUGAAAUUAAAAGUAAACAAUUAUUAUUGGUUAAAUGAACGUUAUACUGAUUUUAAUACAAAAAAAUCUAUUCAAGGUCUAAAUUCUGUUGAAUCAUUGACAAUUCAAUUACUUGAUAAUCCAGUAGAACUGUUUAAAUCAUCAAUACUAAAAAUAGAAAAUAAUUAUGAACAACAAACUGAAAAAUUAAUAUCAGAUAUAUUUUCCACACGUGAAGCAACGAUAAGACCAACUGGAUUACAUAUGUUGAAUAAAGCUCAACAAGAUGCAUCCAAACGUGUUAGACAUUCACGAAUUCAAUUAAUAUGGGGACCACCAGGCACGGGAAAAACUUAUUGGUCAGCUGUAACCAUCUUACAAAUUUUGAUGAUGUCUGCAGCAAAUAAAUCGCAAUCAAUAACUAAUAAACAUAAACCAUCAAAUUUACGUAUAUUAAUAACGGCAUUCACUCAUGCUGCCAUUGAUAAUUUAUUGGAUAGUGUUAAAAAUGUUGUUAAUUUAUUUUCUCAAAAUGAACAAUGGUCUAUGUUCGCGUCUCAAAUCAAAAUUUUAAAACUAAAUGUUAAAAAUUAUCGUGAAUUAUCGGUGGAAAAUGAUCAAGGUUCAAUUGUAUGUGGUUCAACAGUAUGGACAUUACAGAAAUUAGAUAAUAAAAUUAAAUUUGAUUUAAUAUUUAUUGAUGAAUCGACACAAUUGUUAACAUCUGAUGCCGUAUUAGCUUUAAAUCGUUUAAGUUCUCAUGAAACUUCUCGAUUAAUUGUAGCUGGUGAUCCUCUUCAACUAUCGCCUGUUCGACAAUGUACUUAUCCACAUUUACCAUCACCAACACCCGAUUUAUUUUCAUCAAUAUUUCAUUGUUUAUUACGUGAUGAAGAUAAUUUGCCUAUUUCACUCAACAGUGAUCAACCAUUUGAAGAUAUUUCUAAAUGUCCAUAUUUAUCAAUCUUUCAUGAAAAUCAUCGUAUGAACAAUCAACUAUCUGAAUUUACUCGCAUACUAUACGGUAAUAAUUAUAAACAAGGUCGUCCGGGUCAAGUUCUUGAUAUGAUCGCUAUUGAACGCAAUAAUGACGAUAAAACUCAAUCAUUUUGGAUUCUUGAUCAAAAUUUAUCUGAGAAUAAUUCUUUAUACACAAUCCUUGUUGAUAAUAAUCAAAAUCGAUCUUAUUCAAUUCGUGAUGAUUUAGAAUUAGAAUCGUUACUAGUCAAACAACUAAUUGAUGAAUUAUCUGUACGCUUUCAACUACCAAACAAAAAAUUAUCGAUAUUCAUAAUUACUCCUCAUAGGACACAACGCUUAUCAAUUCGUCGUAAGUUACAAUCAUUUCCUCUGUCGUCUGUUGAUAUUGUCUGUGAUACAGUAGAACGUAUGCAAGGUAAAGAAGCCAACAUUGUUCUUAUUUGUAUGAUGUAUCGAAAUAAUGAACAAUUAAAAAAUGAAUUAAAUUUUAUUUUCAAUCGUCAACGAGUUAAUGUUAGUAUAACACGUGCAAAACAACUAUGUCUAUUAAUAACAUCGCAAACCAUUUUAAAUCCACCGUUAUCUGUUUUUGUUCAAUCAAAUACAAGAAAUGCCUAUACAUUAUUAACAAAUUUUAUACAGAAGUCCAAAUGUAUCCAACUUGAUAAUUUCGGACAGAUUCGUUAA